CUGUUCGACUUUCGUAGAAGAAUCAACAGCUUCCUUCAACAACUCUAAAAAAUCCCCUCAUCCAAAAUGGUUUCCGUCCGUUUUGCUCUUACCAUCUUCCUCGUUGUUGCCAUCCUUGGCCUUAUCGUCGAGGCUGGAUACAAGAAACCUCCAUUCAAUGGCAGCAUUUUCGGCAAACGAUCCAACUCCGAAUCUGAUGCCGAAGUAGCCAACCGAGCACUCUCCGCCAUGUGCGAAAUCGCUAGCGAAGCUUGCAACGCCUGGUUAUCUAGAUAAACAUCUCAAAUCAAUAAUCAAUAAUCAAUAAUCAAUAAUCCAAUGCAACUUGCAACGAUACGACCGCUUAUUAUAAUCAGUAUUAUCUUCUUUGUCAAAUUUUAAUAAAUGUAAUCAUCUUAUAAAAACA